UCCCGCCCGGGGGAGAACACCAACAACCUUCCCGGACAUCCCCGUAUGCGAGCGACCAUGUUUAUUCCAUCAAUAAUGUCCGAGAUGCGCCGGUCGGCCGCGCUAGCGCUCCUCGGCCUGUCGUGGAGCGCCGUCGUGAGCGCCGCUUCCGCGAGCGACUAUUUUGUCAAGUCACUACCUGGUGCGCCUCCGGGACCACUACUGAAGAUGCACGCAGGUCACAUCGAGGUCACACCCGAGCACAACGGCAACUUGUUUUUCUGGCACUUCCAGAACAAGCACAUCGCCAACAGGCAGCGCACAGUUAUUUGGCUCAAUGGCGGUCCGGGCUGCAGUUCCAUGGACGGCGCCUUGAUGGAGGUCGGCCCCUACCGGCUGAAGGAUGAGAACACGCUGGUGUACAACGAAGGCUCGUGGUCCGAGUUCGCCAACAUUAUGUUUAUCGACAACCCCGUCGGCACCGGCUUCAGCUACGUCAACACAGAUAGCUUCGUCACGGAGCUGAACCAGAUGGCCGACCAGUUCAUCCAGUUCCUCGAGAAGUGGUUUGCGCUGUUUCCGGAGUACCAGAAUGACGAUCUCUAUUUUGCUGGAGAAUCAUACGCUGGUCAGCAUAUCCCGUACAUCGCGAAGCACAUCCUAGAUCGGAACAAGAAUAAAAACCCGGGCGAGAGAUGGAACCUACAAGGCCUCCUGAUUGGCAACGGAUGGAUCUCUCCCAAAGACCAAUACCCAGCAUAUCUCGACUUCGCCUACGAGAAGAAGCUGAUCGAGAAGGGCUCCGACGUUAGCCGGAAGCUGGAAAUGCAGCAGCAAAUAUGUAUGAAGGACAUCGCCGCAUCGCCCCACAUGGUUGACGCGGCGCACUGCGAGGCGGUGCUUCAGGACAUGCUCAAGCUCACCGCCAAGGUCGAGGCGGACGGACAAAGGCACUGCAAGAACAUGUACGACAUACGCCUUACCGACACAUACCCGAGCUGCGGCAUGAACUGGCCCCCGGACCUGACCAACGUCAAGCCGUACCUGCGCAAGCCCGACGUCGUCAGUGCUCUGAACAUCAACUCCAACAAGGUCACGGGCUGGACCGAGUGCAAUGGAGCCGUUGGUAACACAUUCCGCUCCGGGGACUCGACGCCUUCGAUUGAGAUACUACCAGAGAUCCUGAAGGAAAUACCCAUCCUACUCUUCUCCGGAGCCGAGGACCUCAUCUGCAACCACAAGGGCACCGAGGCCAUGAUCGGCAACAUGCAGUGGAACGGCGGUAAAGGCUUCGAGCUGAGCCCGGGCACCUGGGCCCCGCGGCGCGACUGGACCUUCGAGAACGAGAACGCGGGUUUCUGGCAGGAGGCGCGCAACCUCACGUACGUUGUCUUUUACAACGCGUCGCACAUGGUGCCCUUUGACUACCCGCGCCGCACACGCGACAUGCUGGACCGUUUUAUGGCUGUCGAUAUCAGCAGCAUUGGCGGCAAGCCGACCGACAGUCGCCUUGAUGGCGAGAAGGGCCCGGCGACGGCGGUUGGUGACGGCAAGUCGCCAGCCCAGGAGGAAGAGGCGAAGAAGAAGGUGGACGAGGCCAAGUGGUACGCAUACCGCAAGUCGGGCGAGGUCGUGCUCGUCAUUGUUGCCGUCGCAGCCGCCGCCUGGGGCUGGUACAUCUGGCGCGACCGCCGUCGCCGCCGGGGCUACCAGGGUGUGUUUGGCGGCUCGCCCAGCGAGUCGUCCACCAGGUUGGCGGGUGGCGCUGGCGCUAGCGGGAGCCGCAACUCCGGACCCGACGGCUUCCGAUCAAGGCGGUCCAACCGCGACGUCGAGACCGCAGAUUUUGACGAGAGCGAGCUGGAUGACCUGCACGUUCAGACACCGGUUGAAGCCAGGUACAGCGUCGGUGCGGACAGUGACGACGAGGAUACUAGCGGCGCUCGUAAGGAGGGCGCCCAGAAGGGGAGCGCUCGUGGCGGGAAGGCACAAUGACGAGACCCACCAGACAGCACUAGCUUCCCUUGACCAGACUUCACAUCUGCUGGGCUAGUUUGAAUCAUCAAGGUCGAUGCUUGGGUGCCCCUGACCAGCGUAGUAUUUCCGACUACUGCUCCAGCAACGCGCACGUCUGGUGUCGUAAGCGCGGACGCCUGGAAUUUGAUGGAAAGGUAGAUGUGACUGUCGGUUUCUUUGAACAACUCUUGCAGGCACGAAGGCGUCAGGCAAUAUUUCGUGGAGCCGUCUCAAAACAAGGGCGCGCUCGGUCACCGGAACGAAAAUAUACAAUACGGAAUCAAAGCGGUCAGGCGUACAGGCUUUUCCUUCCCUUGUUUUCUUUUACGUCACUACCUGGCAGGCAUUUUGUGGGAUUUUAUAAACAUUAUCUAUUACAUGUUUUACUAGUUCUCUAUUUUCCCG